AUGUCCCAACUUUUAAAUUUAUCGCAAUUUGCCAAUCUUUCAGAUAGAUUCAGCGUUGAAAGAAUCAAAUCAGAUUUUGCGUCCUUGCAAUCAACCAUUUCCAAAUUACGUCCACCACAAGAAUUUUUUGACUUCAGACGUGUUUCGAAACCAGCCAACUUUGGUGAAAUUCAACAACGUGUUAGUUACAAUUUAGGCUAUUUUUCCGCCAACUAUUUGACUAUUGUUGCUUGUUUAAGUGUUUAUGCCCUUGUCACCAAUUUGAUCUUGUUGUUUGUGUUGGGAUUUGUUAUAUUUGGUGUAUGGGCCAUUAAUCGAUUAAAUGGUGAGGAUUUGGUGACUCCUUUUGGUAGAUUAAACACUUCACAGUUGUAUACUGGGUUAUUGAUUAUUGCUGUUCCCUUGGGUUUUUUUGCUAGUCCUGUUUCUACUUUGAUGUGGUUGAUUGGACUGAGUAUUGUUGGCGUGGGUGCUCAUGCUUCGUUGAUGGAGAAGCCAAUUGAAACUGUUUUUGAAGAUGAAGGAAUUGUUUAA